CUGGUCGGUGGGGAGACGGUCGUCGACGUGUUCGACGGCGAGGAGAUGGAGUGGCACCUGCCUCAUGCAAAAGGUAGACGGAUGAUCGGCCAGGCCGGAGGGCUCGCCGGACGGGGACUGAUCGGAGAAGGUGGCGGUGGUGAUGCCAGCGAUGAUGAUGGCUACGGGAGUUCCGAUCUUUGCUACCGGUUGAUGUUUCAGUCGCGAACCGAGGCAAGGUUUGUGGCGAGGAGGGAUUUCUACAAGAAGAAUGGGGAUCCUUGGAAGAGGGGUUACUUGCUGUACGGGCCACCUGGAACUGGGAAAUCGAGUGUUGUUGCUGCCAUGUCCAAUCACUUGAAGUUCAACCUCUAUGUUAUGGAGCUGGGCAACAUUCGCUCUGAUUAUGAGCUGCGGCAUGCCCUGCUCUCGAUCCAGAACAAAUCGAUCGUCGUUUUCGAGGAUAUCGACUGA